UGAGCAGAGGACUGCGGGGGGAGCUGAAAUGAAACGUCCGACCAGCAGCAGCAGCAGCGGAGAAGAAGACGGCGAUGAGGAGUGGAAGGCCGCCAUAAGUUCCGUCGCCGCGUCCGCCGACCCUUUUGCCGCCACCGGGACAUCAACCACCUCAUCCUCCGCCGCCGCCAACACCAUUUCCAACGGCUGCGCACUCGCAAGUGUUCCUGACCGCUCAAUCCCCAGAGACGAAGACGACGACCCAAACCACCACAGGAUUAAAGCCCGACUCCCAAAGCAUUAUCUAAUUAAGGCACAGAAGCUUUUGGAUGAGAUAGUGGAGAAGAACAUAGAGAUGGUGAGAGCUCCCGUUGAUAUUCCUGAUAAUGAUGAUGCAGUGCCAGAUGAAGGUGGAAUUCGGCUGUUCAAAAACGCUCCCUUUGGGAUUGUGUUCGAUCAUAUUGAUGAGCUCAAGGGACCGAGGAAGAAACCAAGAAUUCUUCCUGGGGAAAAGAUCGACGAGAAGUCUAAGAAGUUCAAAAGGCAAGUCGAAUCUGUUGUGGUUGAUGGGUUCGAUGUAAUUUCUAUUGCAAAAGCUGCAAGAGAAAGGUCAUUAGCUCGAUUAGAAGCCAAAGAUGCGCGGGCAAAAGCAGCUGCAAGAAGGGAGGAAGAAAGGGUUGCGGAACUUAAGAAAAUUCGGGGUGAGAGAUGGCUCCCUUCGAUGGCCAAGGAAAUGCAACCGAAGCCUCAAAGAAAAUGAAGAUUAAAUUAGAAACGUUGUUAGCUGCAUAACCAGGCAUCUCCCGAAAAAUUUUGCUUCUAAUUAUUCGUUCUCUGAGUUUUUGACGAUUCACUUGGUUAAAUGAAAACUGAAAUUAGAGCCUCGAUCAGAUUGUAACCAUCCUUCAUGUAAUUAUUGGAUACUUAGUUGUUCAUGAUCGGACUUGAGAAA